CGGGCACGCACAGAUCUGGCCGGGGCGACCAGGCGGAGGCCGGCCGACGAUUCCAUGGAGUUCGGCGCGCCGGGCGGGAUGCGGCGGUCGGCGUCGCACAACUCGCUCUCCGGCUCCGACGACUUCGACCUCACGCACCUGCUCAACAAGCCGCGGAUCAACGUCGAGCGCCAGCGCUCCUUCGACGACCGCUCCCUCAGCGACGUCUCCUACUCCGGCGGCGGCCACGCCAGGGGGGGCGCCGGCGGGGGGUUCGACGGCAUGUACUCGCCGGGCGGCGGGCUGCGCUCGCUCGUCGGCACGCCGGCCUCCUCCGCGCUCCACUCCUUCGAGCCGCACCCCAUCGUCGGGGACGCGUGGGAGGCGCUCCGACGCUCGCUCGUCUUCUUCCGCGGCCAGCCGCUCGGAACCAUCGCCGCCUACGACCACGCCUCAGAGGAGGUGCUCAACUACGACCAGGUGUUCGUGCGGGAUUUCGUGCCCAGCGCCAUGGCCUUCCUCAUGAACGGCGAGCCGGAGAUCGUCAAGAACUUCCUGCUCAAGACCGUGCUGCUGCAGGGCUGGGAGAAGAAGGUCGACCGCUUCAAGCUCGGCGAGGGGGCCAUGCCGGCCAGCUUCAAGGUGCUACACGACGACAAGAAGGGCGUCGACACGCUGCACGCGGACUUCGGGGAGAGCGCCAUUGGCCGGGUCGCGCCAGUGGACUCCGGGUUCUGGUGGAUCAUACUGCUGCGGGCCUACACCAAGUCCACGGGAGACUUGACCCUGGCCGAGAAGCCGGAGUGCCAGAAGGCCAUGAGGCUCAUACUCAGCCUCUGCCUCUCCGAGGGCUUCGACACCUUCCCCACAUUGCUGUGUGCUGAUGGAUGCUGCAUGAUAGAUCGCAGGAUGGGUGUGUAUGGCUACCCCAUUGAAAUUCAAUCCCUGUUCUUCAUGGCACUGAGGUGUGCUCUUCUAAUGCUUAAGCAUGAUAAUGAAGGGAAAGAUUUUGUGGAGCGGAUUGCAACUCGUCUUCAUGCUUUAAGUUAUCACAUGCGGAGUUACUUUUGGCUGGAUUUCCAGCAGCUAAAUGAUAUUUAUCGUUACAAGACGGAAGAAUAUUCUCACACAGCUGUCAACAAGUUCAAUGUCAUUCCAGAUUCUAUUCCGGACUGGCUGUUUGAUUUUAUGCCUUGUGAAGGUGGUUUUUUUGUUGGCAAUGUCAGUCCUGCAAGGAUGGACUUCCGUUGGUUUGCACUUGGAAACAUGAUUGCCAUAGUAUCAUCUCUUGCCACACCUGAGCAAUCUACGGCUAUAAUGGAUCUCAUUGAGGAACGGUGGGAAGAGCUAAUUGGUGAAAUGCCUCUGAAGAUAUGCUAUCCUGCCAUUGAGAACCAUGAGUGGCGAAUAGUGACGGGGUGUGACCCAAAAAAUACGAGAUGGAGUUACCACAAUGGAGGAUCUUGGCCAGUACUUCUCUGGCUGCUGACGGCAGCAAGCAUCAAAACUGGACGGCCGCAAAUUGCAAGAAGAGCAAUUGACCUAGCUGAGAGGAGGCUUUUGAAGGAUGGCUGGCCUGAGUAUUAUGAUGGGAAGCUCGGAAAAUAUGUUGGCAAGCAGGCAAGGAAAUUUCAAACUUGGUCUAUUGCCGGGUAUUUGGUCGCUAAGAUGCUGCUUGAGGACCCUUCACAUCUUGGAAUGAUAGCCCUGGAGGAAGACAAGGCUAUGAAGCCAGUUUUGAGAAGGUCCGCCUCAUGGACAAAUUAAGAUAUCGACGAAAACUCUUAGGGGAGCAAAGUCUGGAUUGACA